GUCUUAAUUUUUUAGGGGGUUCCUAGGUAAGUAUAGUGUGCAUGCAGAACAUUUCAGGUAAUAACACUAGGCCUAAUAUUAAAACAAACAACAACAAAAAAUCCCAGAAAAUCAUUAUUAUUAUUUACAUUACACCUGGGUUUUUUUGGACGUGCUUCGACCAUAACCUUGUUUGGUCUCCGACUAUGACGUCCCAUCGAGGGUUCCUUAGCGACACGGAAUACAGAAUAAACGGAGCUGUUGUACUCAUUUACUCAUAUCGCACACUACAGUUUUUGACUGAAAAUCCUGAAAUCCUGAAACCUUACGGCUAUAUGACAUCCUAUCCUGGAGCAGGUCCAGGGAAGGACAUCAUGAAUCAGCCUGAACAACCUGAUCAGAAGCCUCAAUUUCCUGGUCCUCUUAUGUGCACUAGGAUGCUGAAGGAGGACCUGAUGCGGUAUAUCCUGCUUAGAGCACAGGAGUGUCUCCAAGAAAUCGAUGAAUGUGGCCAAGCUGAGGAAUAUUUCUUCUGGCAGAUUAUGGAAUUGUUCUGCUGUCGAAAUGGAGUACAUCUCAUAGUUCAUUACAAAAUGAUGUGUGAAGUCGCCACUCUCCUCUUCAAGGGCUACAGAUUGCUUAGGAAGAAGAAAUCAGAACUCAGAAUGAACCUGGACUGGUGUCUUCCUCUGGCACAACUUGUGUUCUCCUUUGGACCUGCACCAGAUGAUGAGCACAGAGAGGCUGUGAUUAAGAUGGGAGAUGAUCUUGCUGUAGCGGAUAAAACGGGAUUUUGCAGCUGGACUCAUUGACGUCCCACUCGACCCAGCUGGAGUCGUGUAAGACCACUGGACUGUGCACCAUGCCACGUUACUGUGAAAUCGCUCCAUAUCAGGGAAUCUUUCGGCCUGGGAAGCUGCCACAGAGGCCUUGUGUGAACACCAGUGGAAAGCAUUACAUGGAAGAGAGACCGAGAUUAGCUUGAC